CCGCCGGGUGCGGAACGACGACACGACAUCCUGUUUUUGGGGCCCGCGGCUCCGCCUGCGCCUCUGCUGAUCUUGUCUUUCCCCGGGUGCUGACGCCAGCUCUCCUUCCCCCAGUCUCCGCACCCUUCCCAGGGGUCUGGGGCCUUCCCACUGCUGAAUCACCACCACCCCGCACUCCCCCGGGGCUCGGGGCAGAGGUGGGGACUGCCCCAGCCGGACCUAUUCUGGCCAACCCCCAGCCUGGGCCAUCGCUCGAUCCCUGGGCUUGACUGAAGCCCCGAGCCGCUGCCGCCGCCCCCCAGCUCCCCCGCGGCGGGGAGGGCACCAGGUCACUGCAUCCAGAGGGGCCCAGAAGAGGAAGGAGGCAUAGCCUCCACCGCAGCAGCUGCACCCGCCAUGCAGAGCAUCAAGUGUGUGGUGGUAGGCGAUGGGGCUGUGGGCAAGACGUGCCUGCUCAUCUGCUACACAACCAACGCCUUUCCCAAGGAGUACAUCCCCACAGUGUUCGACAAUUAUAGCGCCCAGAGUGCAGUUGACGGGCGCACGGUGAACCUGAACCUGUGGGACACAGCGGGCCAGGAGGAGUACGACCGCCUCCGCACACUCUCCUACCCUCAGACCAACGUGUUUGUCAUCUGUUUCUCCAUUGCCAGUCCGCCCUCUUAUGAGAAUGUGCGGCACAAGUGGCAUCCAGAGGUGUGCCACCACUGCCCCGACGUGCCCAUCCUCCUGGUGGGCACCAAGAAGGACCUGAGAGCCCAGCCUGACACCCUACGGCGCCUGAAGGAGCAGGGCCAGGCACCCAUCACACCGCAGCAGGGCCAGGCGCUGGCCAAGCAGAUCCACGCUGUGCGCUACCUCGAGUGCUCAGCCCUGCAGCAGGACGGCGUCAAGGAAGUGUUUGCUGAGGCUGUCCGGGCCGUGCUCAACCCCACGCCCGUCAAACGUGGGCGGUCCUGCGUCCUCUUGUGACCCUGGCACUCAGCUUGGAGGCUGCCCCUGCCCCGCCACCAGUUGUGCCUUUGUGCCUUGGCGCCUUGUCUGCCCCCAGCUGUGCCUUAAGGACUAAUUCUGGCACCCCUUGCCAAGGGGGCUCCCCGAAUGCCUUUUUCUCCUUAAGGAGGCCCACAGGGAAAGGGGCUUUGGGCCCUGCCCCACUCUGCUUGGGAACACCAGGUAUGCUCAAGAGCUCACCCAGGCCAAGGUUGGACCCCUCCCCAAGAAGCCAACCCAGUGCCUCCUCCCAACUUUCCCCUACUGACCAGUUGAUCCAGCUUUCCACACAGAUGUUGCUGCCUAUUGUGGUGCCUUCUCAGGUUAGGAGCUCUCAGCCAUCCCUAACCUCUCCCUCGCUGCUCUUCAAAUUGCCCCCCCAACCCCAAGAUGCUCUCUCCCUUCCCCAGAGAAGGAGCCACAGACUCCUAAGAAGAUGAAUGUGCCCUAACCUACCCCCAUGUGCCCAGGCCUUACGCAUCCGCUGACUGACUCAGCCCCACCCCCACCCCCUCUGGGCUCCUGGGGGCCCCUCCUACCCCCAUCAGCAUCAAUAAAACCUCCUGUCUCCA